UCUAAAACUCCAACCCCUAAACCCUCCCUUCAAACAAUUACCUUCUCUACUUGUCAUCUUCGCAGGUACAAGCUAUUGAUCUUCAUCUAUCACCUGAUAUUGCAGUGAGACUACAUGUAUGUUCAGAUUGCUGCCGACCUACAAAGGUAGGCAUUUACCAAAGUCUCUGCCAUCGUUUCGAACCAGGUUAGAAUUGUAUUCCAUCACUGCGACUUGUGCACAACUUUCAUGUAAUGGAAUUGAGAACGAGAACAAAGAGAUCGAUUUCGAGAUUUUAUUCAACUCAUGCACCAAAACCCAACAGGCUAAGAACCUUCACGCCCUUCUUAUUGUUGCGGGGAAGGCUCACAGUAUCUUCAUUGCCACUAGACUUGUCAAUCUUUAUGCCCAUCUGGGUGAUGUUUCUUUGUCACGCCAAACUUUUAGUCAGAUCCGCGAAAAGGAUGCAUAUACGUGGAAUUCAAUGUUAUCUGCUUAUGUUCGCAAUGGGCAUUUCCACGAAUCUGUGAAGUUUUUAGAUGAAAUGUUAUCGACCUCUGAAGUUCGGCCUGAUUUUUACACUUUUCCACCCGUGUUAAAAGCUUGUGGCAAUGUAAUUGAUGGCAGAAGGAUACAUUGCUGGAUUUCCAAACUGGGUUUCGAAUGGGAUGUGUUUGUGGCUGCUUCCCUGGUGCAUAUGUAUUGCCGGUUUGGCUCCUUUGCUGUUGCCCACAAGAUUUUUACAGAUAUGCCGUUCAGGGAUAUGGGUUGUUGGAAUGCUGUGAUUUCUGGGUUUUGUCAACAUGGAAAUGCUGUGGAGGCAUUGAGUGUCUUGGAUGAGAUGAGAUUGGAGGGGGUUAAGAUGGAUUCAGUAACUGUUUCAACUAUUCUUCCUAUAUGUGCACAAAUGGAUGAUAUGUUGCGUGGAAUGUUGAUACAUUUGUAUGCCAUAAAGCAUGGCCUGGAGUUUGAUGUGUUUGUGUCAAAUGCUUUGAUUAACAUGUAUGCCAAAUUUGGCAAUUUGGGGCAUGCACAGGUGGUUUUUGAUCAUAUGGUGCUUAGGGAUCUGGUGUCAUGGAACUCGAUAAUUUCUGCAUAUGAGCAGAAUGGUGAUCCAAUUACAGCAUUUCAGUUCUUUGGCAGGAUGCAACUGAAUGGAGUUCAGCCUGAUCUGUUAACGCUGGUGAGCUUAGCUUCCAGUGUUGGUCAGACUGGGGAUUUUCAUAAUAGCAGGUCUGUCCAUGGAUUCGUCCUGAGGAAGUGUUGGAUUAUGGAAGAUGUUGUCAUUGGAAAUGCUGUUGUGGAUAUGUAUUCAAAAUUGGGCAUUAUUGAUUCUGCGUGUAAUGUUUUUGAAGACCUCCAAUUUAAAGAUGUUAUUUCGUGGAAUACAAUGGUCACAGGCUAUGCACAGAAUGGUCUUGCAAGUGAAGCUAUUGAAGUAUACUGCAUGAUGCAAAAGUGUAAGGACAUAAUACCAAACCAGGGGACUUGGGUGAGCAUUUUACCUGCGUAUGCUCAUGUUGGAGCUGUGCAACAAGGAAUGAAAACUCAUGGUCGGGUGUUUAAAGUAGGUCUCCAUUUGGAUGUCUUUGUGGGUACCUGCCUCGUUGAUUUGUAUGGAAAAUGUGGGAGACUGAAUGAUGCAAUGUCCUUAUUCUACGAAGUGCCCAGGACGAGUUCAGUUCCUUGGAAUGCCAUCAUAUCAUGUCAUGGGAUUCAUGGGCAUGGCGAGACAUCUCUGCAACUAUUUAGGUAUAUGCUGGAUGAGGGGGUGGAGCCGGAUCAUGUAACCUUUGUAUCCCUAUUGUCAGCUUGUAGCCAUUCGGGAUUAGUUGAUCAGGGUUGGUGGUGCUUUCAUGUAAUGCAGGAAGAGUGUGGGAUCAAGCCUAGUUUGAAGCACUAUGGCUGCAUGGUUGACUUACUUGGCCGGGCUGGUAAUUUGGAAAUAGCAUACAAUUUUAUAAGGAGUAUGCCUUUAAAGCCUGAUGCUUCAGUUUGGGGUGCUCUACUUGGUGCUUGUAGAAUCCAUGGAAAUGCUGAGUUGGGUAAAUUGGCUUCAGAACGCUUGUUUGAGGUUGAUUCGGAGAAUGUAGGUUACUAUGUUUUGUUGUCGAAUAUUUAUGCGAAUGUCGGUAAAUGGGAGGGGGUAAAUGAAGUGAGAUCAUUUGCUAGAGGCAGGGGUUUGAAGAAGACUCCUGGUUGGAGCUCAAUUGAACUGAACAAUAGGAUUGAAGUAUUUUAUACAGGGAAUCAAUCUCAUCCACAACACGAGGCAAUAUAUAUGGAGUUGGAAAUUUUAACGGCUAAAAUUAAGAGCCUCGGUUAUAUUCCAGACUAUAGCUUUGUGUUGCAGGAUGUUGAGGAGGAUGAGAAGGAGCACAUCCUGACAAGUCAUAGUGAAAGAUUGGCUAUUGCAUAUGGAAUCAUCAGCACUCCUCCUAAGAGUCCUAUUCGGAUCUUUAAGAACUUGCGGGUUUGUGGGGAUUGCCACAAUGCAACUAAAUUAAUAUCGAAGAUUACUGAUAGGGAGAUUAUUGUGAGGGAUUCCAACCGUUUCCAUCACUUCAAGGAUGGUAUUUGUUCUUGUGGGGAUUAUUGGUGAAGUGAAUUGCCGAUUUUUGGCUCAGAAAAUUGAGAUUUUGGAUCAGUGUCAUUGUCAGUCCACUUCUGUCUUUUCGAAAUCUGAAGAAGUGCCCAUAGAAC